CAAGUGGGUUACGGACGUCGUUCAAUUCCACCUCGUCGAAGCUGUUCCCAAGUUCGUAAAUUCAUACACGGCUGUGUAGCCUGUGUUAUCCUGGUGCCAAAUCGUGUAGAUCUUGUGCCAUUCUGACUGCACAAAUGGAUGCCGACAUCCUGAAGCCAAACACCGGUUACCUCACAGUCGAGCACCGCAAAGGCACCCCAAGGCAGCAGUCUGGUGUGAUCUCGCCAGCCCAUUCUGAUGUUGAGCCCGUCUCGGAGGGCGAAGAAGACGAGGAGAUUGACAUUGACUGGGCGCCUUCUAAAGGCGAAGACUAGCGCACUGGGCUGCCACACGAGGA